AUGUCGCCUACUCCACCAUCCACCUCGUCGAGUAUCGGCGGGGUCUCGCCUGAAGGCCAAUACAGAGUCAUUCGAAAGAGAAACCGAGUACCGCUCUCCUGUGGCCCUUGCCGGCACAGGAAGCUGAAAUGUAAUCGCGCCCAUCCUUGCGAAAAUUGCGUCAAACGAGGCGAUGCGUCUUCCUGUACUUAUGCCCAAGCAAGCACACGAAAAAAGAAUCCAGUCCAUAGUUCGGCUUCGAGUUCCCCGGAUGAUAUGCAGAACAGGAUAGAUCGACUUGAGGGUUUGGUCUUGUCCCUGAUGACCAACGGGUCGCAGUCUGCUGGCCCCGCCGCCGCCCUGGCAGCGAUCUCGGGAACUAGUAGUAGCUCAGGCUCAGUUCGACUUGGAAUUGACAUCGAAUUGGAUGAUGAAACUUUGAAUGGCCCUGAGGAGAGCGAUACAGAACAAGUCACGAAGUCAUUUGGCGUCAUGAAAGUCGACAAUAACAAAUCAUACUACAUCAGCGACGGCCACUGGGCUUCUGUUCUCAACGAGAUUGCAGAAGUUCGAAAUUACUUCCAGACGCACAAGAAGCAGUAUGAGGAGCAUGUCGAAAAGAUCAAGACGGCUCAGUCGCCGACUGAUAUUCCAGGCUCCACCCUACUUUUUGGAGCCAUGAAGCCUACUAGCCGAGCUGAGAUCAUGUCUUCAUUCCCCUCGAGAUAUACUACCGAUAUGCUUAUUGCGCGCUACUUUAACUGUUACGACCCAGCGACCCACAUCCUUCAUGGCCCUACAUUUCAGGCUCAGUAUCACAAACAUUGGGAAGAUCCCUCUCAAACCUGUAUCGUGUGGGUCGGUAUGCUAUUUGCCAUGAUGCGGCUCGCCAUGCUGUCAUAUCAUCGAGAAGGAGACGAGCCACCCGAAUUUCGCGGGAAGUCCAUGGACAUGGCUGGCACUUUUCGGAAUCUGGUAGCUCAAUGUUUGACUCUCGCCGACUAUACCAAACCAUACCCCUACCUGAUUGAAACCUUGAUAUUCCAUCUCCAUGGGGACUUCCGACAAUCAAGGGAAGCAGAUAUCUCAGUUUGGGUUCUCGUAGGUGUCAUCGCGAGGUUGGCCUUGAGAAUGGGAUAUCAUCGGGAUUCGAAAAUGUUUCCCAAUAUCACCCCUUUCCAAGGCGAAAUGCGCCGACGCGUAUGGACCUUUGUGCGACAGUCCGAUCUGCUGUUCUCCUUCCAGGUUGGACUGCCAAGCAUGAUUCGAACUGUGGAUAGUGAUACGGAACUUCCGCGAAAUCUGUAUGACGAUGAUUUUAGUGAAGACUGCAAGGAACUACCCCCACCGCGGCCGUCGAAUGAACCGACCCCCAUCUCGUAUCUGAUUGCCAAGGCACGCUUGACAUACGUCUUUGGCCGGGUCAGCGAGAUGACCUCGAGCGUUCAGAGUGGAUCAUAUGACAAUGUGAUGGAACUGGAUGCUGAGCUUCGUCAAGCUCGGGACAUGAUUCCAGAGCACCUUAUCAUUCGUCCUAUGGAAGAGUGUCAGCUAGAUCCAUCAAACCUUAUUAUCUCGCGCUUUGCAAUAAUGAGCGUUUACCAUAAAGCGCAAUGCGUUCUACACCGGCCUUAUAUCGUUCGCGCUCGGGAUAAUUCCCGCUUCACAUACUCGCGAAAAACAUGUAUAGAUUCUGCCAUGGAAUUGCUACGCUUCCAAUCAAUGCUACACACAGAAACAAGGCCAAACGGACGUCUGCGGACGCGACAGAAUCGGGUAACAUCCCUCAGCUCGACUGACUUCUUGCUUGCCGCGAGCAUUGUCUGCUUUGAUUUGUAUCAUGGACUUAAAUUGCAAGCUGGUGGACGAGCCUCUGGCGAUACCUUUGCGUGGGGCAGGGAACGUCGACAAGAAAUGGUCGGCGCUCUUCAGCGGUCCAAAGAGAUCUGGGACGAUAUGAGUGAUGAGACACUAGAAGCUUGGAAGGCUGCCGCCGUCCUUGGUGUGAUGCUCGGCAAAUUGAAAAUCAGCUUCCCGGAGAGUAAUGCCACGCCGCCGGUAUUUGAGCCUCAGGACGAGAAGCAGAGCGCUGCGAUGACACUGGGGCUAUUGAGCAGCGGGAUGAGUUCUAUGAAUUCCGGAUCCCCGGCAUUCAAUGAAAAUGGAUUCAAGGUGUCCGAGACGCCUUCAGUUCCGGCAGGAUUCGGGCCAUCUACAGAAGUUCCAGGGCCUUUAUCACCAUUCAGCGCCAUGUUCGGACAGAUGCCUGACCCGCAGCUGAAUUUUGACUGGGACACUUGGGACACCUACAUCCAAAAUUCGAAUCUUGACUUACCAAACCAAUGGUGGCCGUCGAUGGACGUGCAGCAACAGCAGCAGACACAACCAUCACCGGCAGUACAACCGAAUCAGGGCCAAGGCCCCAUACAGCCUGCACAGCUACCUGCAAUGCAACAGAGCAGUUCAGCAGACAGGAUGCGGCCUUUGCCUCAUUUUCCGAACAUCUUCUCUUCGGAAUCGGCGAAGUACGACGGUACUAACCUGGCCGGAACUUAUGAUCCUAAUUCUCUUCUGAAACCCAAACCGGCAUCCACAGGGUAA